AUGAUGCACUGGAGACUCGCAGCGAGAAACGGUGGUGCAAUAAAAUGCGUGAGUAUCAUCAGAAAUAAAGGGAACCCACACAAACUCGGAUUGAAGAAAUUUCCCUGGAUAAGUAAGAGAAAAUUGAAUAGUGGAAAAACACCAGAAGCAGAAUCAUCCAAGGGCAAUAAUAUUAGCAGCAUUAUUUGUGAAAAUAAAAAAAAUAAAAAGAAAAUUUUCAAAAGCCUCCUUGGUGUAACAUUUUUAUUUUACAUUUGUUAUGAAAGUUUACACGCCAUACAAAAUAAUGAACAAGCCAGGAAAAAAAUUAAAUUAUAUCCUUUACUGUAUGACAUUAUAGAAGUAAAAAUUAUGCCACUCAAGAUACACUUUGAUGUAAUGGUUGGAAAGCUUAAAGGAUUCCUAUUAGUUCUACUAAGAAAUGGCCAACGUUACUCUCUUCAAUUAUGUAACUCAUUAAAGGAAUUUUUUUCUAAAAAUAAUGAAAAUUUCAAUAUCUUUAUCGGUGCAAUAAAGAAGUUGGAUAUAUCUGCACCGUUUUCUUUCUUUUUUGAGUGGAAAAAAGAUGCACAAGGUGAAGAUAAUUUGAAUGUAUUCCAAAAAUCGAACAAAUUGGAAAAUAAAAUCGAUUCUUUUAUCAAGUGUAAUGAAGUGCAUAUGGCUGACGACGCGCAUGAAGAAGAUACCUAUUCAGAGGAUGUAUCAACAUGGAAGAAGAUUGAAGAAACUGGAAAGUUGAAUCCAAUUAGAGAGGAUUAUCCUAACAAUAUCCACGAUGAGCAUUCCACAAAUGAUGACAUAAAAGAUGUAAUCAAUUUGUUUAACAGUGUAAACACACUUGCAGGAAAUGAAAUGAUAAGUGUUCUGGAAUUUCAUCCUGAGGAUCAGCUAAACGGAUGUCCCAUCGAUAGGAACAACAAUGUGUUCAGUACAGAAAUUUCGAAUGGAGAAAUUACUGAACAAAUAAUGGAUGAAAAAGGUGCAUCAGAAAACAUAACCCUGCCAUGCGAAGAUGUUGAAAAAAUAGAAAAAAAAAAAAUAAUUGAUGAAUCCAAUUUGAAGGAAGAUAUUCAUGAAAUAAGUGAUAAUACGGGAAAAUGCAAUCAUACCAAUAAGACAUUUAUCAGUGUUAUUGAAUGUGAUGAGGAAUUAACUCCAGAUGAAGAGAUCAUUAAUAUGAAGGAGCCAUUUGACGAGAUGGACAAAGAGAAAGACCGUGUUUACACAUAUGAACAACAAGUGCAAGUGAAAAGCUCAAAAAAAGAAGAAGAAACGAGAGAAAAAUGGACAGAAAUGGAUGAUAGGACAAAAUGUGGUAUUACCUCCGAAGAGAAACUAGGUAUAAUAUACGAUGUUGAUGCAAAAAUAAUACCCGAAAAAUUUUUUCACAUGGUUGAGGAAAAAGAUCUAGCGGAAGAAAACGAAAGAGCUCAAAAUAAGAAUGUGAUAAUGGAAUAUGGAGAACUGGAAAAGAGUAGUAAAAAAAAAAAUAGCACACUAACUGUAGAGGAAAAUGUGCCCGAGGAUUUGAACAGACGAAAGAAUGCACAGAUAGAUCCAAAAAAUUUUAAAAACGUCAGAGCGGUAAUAACAGACGGGAAUUUUGAAAUUCCAUUGGAUGAUAUUCUUCUAAAAAGAAUUGUGGAAAAUGAAGUAAAAAAUUUCGAAACCCAAUUAAAGAACUUAACUAAAGAAGAAUUAAAAAAUAAAAUAGUAAACAUGUUCAUCAAUGAAUUAUUAACAAAAAAAUACAAAGAUAUAUUAAUGGAAGAAGAAAAAGAAACAUUAAAAAAAUUACUGACGAUUAAGUAUAAUGAUAUAUAUUGGAGAAGAAAAAAAAAAAUGGAAAAAAGCUUACAAAAAUUUAUGGAGAAGAAAUUGAAGCAAGAACAAAUAUUAUUAAAAAGGAAUUAUGAAAACGAAAAAGAAAAUUUUGAAUCUCUUAUGAUAAAUCAAAAAAAGGAAGAAGUUAAGAUGGAAAAAAUUAAAAUAGAAGAAGAAUUAAAUAUGAUAAGAGAAAAUUAUCUCAACAAAAUAAAUAUGUACGCAUGUGAUGUUAAUGUUAUGAAAGAUUAUUACUUUAAAGAGAAUGUUAAAAAAAUCAAGCUAGAAACUAUAAUUGAUAUUCAAAAUCAGUUGGUGCAUUUACAAAAUUGUAUUAUUCAAGACUUAUCCAUUGAAUCCAUCUUAACAGAUUUGAAAAAAAAAUUUAAAAAAGAUACUUUUCUAGAUACUGUAUUCACUACCUUGCCAGACAACUUUUUUUCUCAUACUUUCAAACCAACACCUAAUAAUAUAGAUAAAAUUAAAAAAGAAUUUUAUGCUUUAUACAAAGAAGGUGUAAAAGAAGCUUUCGUACAACACAGCGAAAAUUAUUUUUUUAAAAGCCUUAUCAGUGUGGUCAUAUCCUUUUUUUAUUUAAAUUAUGAAGCCAAACUAAACAGAAUUCUGCAACGAACACUGAAAGAGAAUUCUGUUUUAAAAUCUAAUUUGCUAAAUUUGUCUUAUGCCUUAAGUAGCGUACAACAAAACCAAUUUAUAGAUGCUUUGCAAUAUAUCGACGAUCUCACAGGGAGCUGUAAAAAUACAUUUUCGCCAUUCAAUGAGCAUGUAAAAAAUGUGAUCAUGUUCAAAUAUUACUUGCGAUUAGCUGUAUCUAGAUUGAUGCUAGCAAGUAAGCUUUUGAUCACGACUAAUUAG